AAUUAACAAAAUCAUCGGCAGACGAUGACAAAGAUGAUGAUGAUGACGACGACGACGAUGAUGAUGACAACUCCAACGACGCCAACACCAAAGAGGAUGAUGACGACGGUGACGAUGAUGAGGAGGGUGGCAAGAACGACAGCAACGACGAUGAUGAUGAUGAUGAAAGCGAAGAGAAGAAGAAUGUGAAGAGGGAUGAUGAUGACGACGACGACGACAGCAAAGAAUCCGGCGGAAAAGACGACGACGACGAUGAUGAUGAUAGCGACGAAAAAUCCGCCGAAAAGUCAAAAGACAACGAUGAUGAUGACGAUGACGAUGAUGACGAUUCAAAAGAGGUCGCCGGAAAUGCCGCCAAAGUUCGGGCGAAAAAGGACACUGCACCGCCGGCAAAAAAUGACGACGAUGAUGAUGAUGAUGACGACGAUGACAGCGAUGAAAGCGAAGAAGUCUCAGCAAAGAGCAGCAGCACUCCACUGAAGGGCGCCAGUGCCGCACCUGCCGGCAACAAAAAGGUCGAAUCCGCCAGCAAUAAAAAGGAAUCAGCAGCAGCAGCAGCAGCCAAGGAGAGCAGCAAGCCAUCAUCAAAGACUAGCAAAAGUGCCCCCAAAUCAUCACCAACAAAAGCAGCAACUCCCAAAAAGGUAGAAGAAGAUGAUGACAACGAUGACGACGAUGAAGUGAGCGAGGAAGAACUUGCUAAGCAGCAGCACCAGCAGAAACGCUCCCGAGCGCACAUCGACGAUGUGCUCAAGGUCUACGAGAUUGGCUCGCAGGAUGACAACCAGGAGCAGAACCUCAUUCUCUCCAUCUUCCGCGACGUGAAGAAAAUCUACGAGCAGACGGUGAAGCCGCUGGAGACGAUCUACAAGUACCGGCAGAUUACCACUCGGCUCAUCACCGACGCCGAAAUCUUCUCCAAGCCGAUGGUGCUCUUCCUGGGCGGCAAGUCCACCGGCAAGUCGUCGCUGGUCAACUACCUGCUCGGCAUUGACGAGACGCCGUGGGAGAUCAAAGUCGGUACGGGCGCCGCCUCAAGUGGCAAGUUCACCAUUCUCUCGUACGGCGACAACUACACCCGGCUCAGUGCAACCGAACUGAGCGCCGACUACACCUUCAGCAGUCUGCAGCGCUUCGGCGAGCAGUUCAUCAACGAGUACAUCGAUGCCCACCGACUGCCCAUCAACAUUCUCCAGAAGAUGACAAUCGUGGACAGCCCCGGCCUGAUCGACCUGCUGCCGACGAAGGCGGCCAACAAGCAGACCAUCGACAAUGACGUCUACCAGUGGUUUAUUGACCGCUCCGAU